UAACCGACGAUUAGCGCGCAAUGACGAUUUCGCAUUUUGACCGCGGCACGAUUCAGCCAGGCGCGAUGCGCGAGUGAUGAGAGAAGAGAAGAGUCAGAGGGAGGGGCGAUUCCAACAAACGCUGCCGGACUUCGGAGUAGUUGUUAAUGUAGUAUAUGUGUGACAACGGGAUUGACAACAUGGAUACGUCUGACUUAGGAGGAGGUAUAAAUUGUACACCCCCGGCGAUAGAAGACUUUCCACACGAUCUUUUCGACGAGAAGCAAAGGCAAGGCGGGGCUGUAGUCGUCCACGUGCUCGUUUCGCUUUAUCUAUUUAUCGCGUUAGCAGUAGUAUGCGACAAGUUCUUUGUUCCCGCAGUGGAAAAAAUUUGUCACGCGCUCUCGAUGUCCAAGGACGUGGCAGGCGCUACAUUCAUGGCUGCUGCGACGUCGGCACCGGAAUUGUUCGUGAACGCGAUCGGCACGUUCAUCACCGAAGGUGACAUCGGCGUCGGGACAAUAGUAGGCUCGGCUGUAUUCAAUAUCCUCGCUGUGCCUGCCUGCUGCGGCAUUGGCGCUGGAAUGGUAGUUCCUCUGGACUGGUGGCCGGUGAGUAGGGACUGUCUCGCCUACGGCGUCACCGUCGCCAUUCUGAUAUGCAUCAUACACGACGAGCGAGUGGAAUGGUACGAGGCGUUGGCGCUGGUGUUACUCUACAUCGUCUACAUCGCGGUGAUGUACUGGGACAAGUCGUUCCAACGAUGCACAUGUUUUCGUAAGCACAACGUCGACCAAACGUCACCGCCCGACGAUCAUCGACUAGCGGCAGAGGGCAGCACCGAAAUUCGCUUAGCGAGGUCUGAUAAAGUGCAACCAGCCGCUGAUCAAGCUGAGCACACAGACGUGCCGUUGCAGAAUGGGGGAACGAAGACUCAAGAGGAGAAUCCCGAUCCCAACUAUGAGUACGAGUUGCUGGUCUGGCCAUCGCGAGCUGGAUGGAUCAGGAAAACGGCCUGGAUCAUGACAUGGCCGAUUCACCUAAUAUUCAUGUGCACGAUACCGGACUGCGAGAAACCACGAUUCAAGAAUUGGUUUCCCGUCACGUUUCUCAUGUGCAUCAUUUGGAUUGGAUCGCUGAGCUACGUCGUCGCCUGGAUGAUCACUAUAAUCGGGGACACACUCAAGAUACCAGACUCCGUGAUGGGCAUCACAUUCCUCGCAGCUGGUACCAGUGUUCCAGAGGCUGUGUCGAGUGUCAUAGUAGCGAAGCAAGGACACGGCUCGAUGGGUAUCAGCAACUCGAUAGGAUCGAACACCUUCGACAUACUGUUGUGCCUGGGUCUACCAUGGCUGAUCAAGUCCUCGUUCUCCCCCACGCAACCCGGGAAACACUACAUCAGCAUAAACUCCGGCGGUCUCGAGUACAGCGCCAUAUCGUUGUUGUCCACCUUGAUGCUACUCUAUAUUGCUUUUGCCUCGAAUAAGUUUCAGCUCGAUAGAAAAGUAGGCCGUGCCUGUUUAUGUAUGUAUGCCGUGUUCCUUAUACUAGCCUCGUUGAUAGAGCUCAACGUAUUCUUCAGGGUAAACUUGCCCACGUGCCAGAGGACGGUCAAGUGAUACCGCGAUCGAAUAGUAGAAAACGCUUAACGAUAUUCGAUACGGUUUUUAGUUGAUCGUCGUACGUUCCGUAGAACUUGCGAGCAACACCGAGUGGACCGAAGAAUACUGUUUUAUAUUACGCGAAAAAGAAACUACUUCCUCUAUA